AUGCUUACCACCAAGUCAGCCGGCUGGAAGAGCCUGCAUAUCCUCCGAGCGCAGUUGACAGGCAAACUAGCCAGAUUCUCGAGGAAUGGCAGGAGCGCAGAGCGGCCCCCGCAGCUGCAGAACGACGCGGCGUUCUUGGAGGCGGAUCUACGCUACAUCUUCACAAUCAUCCCCCUGAUUUCGCAUAUCCCAGAUCAUCAGACCGAAAGCCUUGACCAAAGAGCACAGGACCUCCUGUCUACUUGGACCCGGAAGACCAAAGGGCCCGGACUCGAGGGGUUACAUGGCCCUGCAAAAACCGAUCUCAUAGCGCUCGGAAGUUUGCACCCACAGCUAGGGUCUUUGCUUAUCCUCAUAAGCACCACCGAUGGUCAAUUCAACCUGUUCAACGGCCAAGGCUUGUCGCUUUUUCGAGUGCCUGAAGAGAAGCUCAGGAGCAUUGCCCUCGAUCGUGUCGCUCGUACUAAAGAGCUCUUGGAGCGUCUUGCAAAUGACGGACAACCACAGGAGAGUCUACAAUUGAAGCCACCGCCACCCCUUGAUGUUUGCCAGGAAGAACCAUGGUCGAGCCGGGGCCUACAUGGAAGACAUGCAAGCGCUUGGGUUAGCACACUGUUCCAGGAGCUCCGACAGCGCAAUUGUGGACGGCUCCACGAGAUCAAGCUGAAGGUGCAGGAUGAGUGGGAUACUCCCCUGGAUUUGUUUCUUUCCUGCUGCUUGGAUGAACAUGGCUGGCAUCAGGCCAAAUGCGGGAUAUACCAAGCCAUGGCCGACGAGAGACGGGAUGACGGGAUAUGCGCAGCAAUCCAACGGGCAAAGACGCUGGGCAGAGCGAUAUAUCUGUCAAUCGACGAGCGAGGCUCUUUCGACGUUUCCGACGCAAUGCCGAGGAUUCUCUCAUCCGCGACACGGUUCACCGCAGAGACGCUUGGGGAAUUGCUCGAUCAAAAGACUCUGACACGAAUCACCCCCAGCGACUAUUUGACAGGCGCCGCAGUGGACAAAUUCAGCUCCCGAGAGAAGGCGAUCCUCGCCCUCAACUUGGCCAAAUGCCUGAUGCAGUUUUUCGACGAUGAUAUCGAGCUUGCUUCGCAUAGCUGGAAGCCGGAGAGUAUAUACUUCCUCCGGUCCUCGCGAGCCCAGCACGGCGACCGCUCCUUGUACAUUUCCCUCAGACCAAGCACUCGGAACUCCAAGCCGUCCCAAUCAGUGAGUGAAGUUGGGCCCGGAAACCCGAUUUUACUGUCAUUCGCCAAGCUGUUGCUUGAAAUUGAGAACGGCGAGAAAAUAUCGAUGGAGAUUUAUCCUGAAAGCAGAGCAAACCUUCCCAACUGGGGCGGGAUGUGCGAUCUCGUUGACAGGGCUGAGAGAGAUGGAGGGGGAAGUUACCUCCGAGCGGUGGAAGGCUGUCUCUAUUUGCACAUGGCCUUGCGCAAGUCCCAGCAUCAAUCAACAGACAACAUUGGCGACGCCAUCCGGAAGACCAUUCACGAGCAGAUUGUUCAAAACCUCGAACUGCUAGUGAAUCCUCAGACCUCGAAGCGUAAGCGACGAGAUUCCGUCUCUGAGCUCCAUAUUUCCAAGAAACUGUCAGUCGACCCUGGACGAUCUGAUCCGGUCACGCCGCCACCGCGACAAACUACGGCACCGCAUCCCGCGAAGUCUGUUCGGCCUGCGAGUCGAAGUGACUUCGAAAUUGCGAUCGUCUGUGCGCUACCACUUGAAUUCGACGCUGUCUGCGCCCUCGUUGACGAGUUCUGGGAUGGUGAUUACGGUAGGGGAAGUAACGACCUGAACAUAUACACCAAUGCCCGCAUAGGGAAAUUCAAUGUGGUCCUUCUUCUACUUCCCAACAUGGGCAAAGUUGCAGCUGCAGGCACAGCGGCCCAUUUACGGUCAAGCUACCCAGCUCUAAGCCUCGUUCUUUUGACCGGAAUAUGCGGAGGUGUCCCUUUUCCAAGUAACGGCGAGGAACUCUUGCUAGGCGACGUUGUCAUCAGCAGGCGCAUCGUGCCAUAUGAUUUUGGCAGACGAUAUCCGGACAAAUUCGAACCAAAGGACGCUGCCGAGGACAGCGGUAGUGGAGCACCCAAGAACGUGCGCAACCUGCUUGCAAUGCUCCAGACGAAUGUCGGACGCGAGAGGCUUGAGGAGCUGACCGUCAGCCACCUCCAAGACAUCCAAGCCAGGACUUCUCGGAAGCCUCGAGGCGCUAAGUACAAAUACCCAGGGGCAUCGAAAGACCGGCUCUUCAAGCCCGACUACCGGCACAAAAGACAUGCCUCUCUUAUAACCGCGCUGAAGACGCCGAAAGUUUCAAUAUGCGCCGAGACCAAAACCUACGGCGCCUCAUGCGAAGACGCCUGUUGCGACCCGGGACAGGUCCUAAGUCGAGAACAAAUCGACUUCAAGCGGCAGCUAGAGAAAGACGGCGAGACUAAAGCGGCCCAGGCCCCGUCUAUCUUCGUUGGGAGGAUAGGGUCUGGGGACACAGUCAUGAAGUCUGGGGAGGAACGCGACAAAUUGGCGUCCGCCCAUGAUCUUAUCGCAUUCGAGAUGGAGGGCGCUGGGGUAUGGGAUGAACUGCCCUGCGUCGUUGUCAAGGGCGUCUGCGACUAUGCCGAUAGCCACAAGAACAAGGACUGGCAGCACUUUGCGGCUGCGACUGCGGCGUCGGCUACAAAGGCACUACUGGGCUGGUAUAUUGGACGGGCAAGUGGUUCUGGGGCUUGA